AUGGCCGAGGAACUAGUAGCUGGAGGUUACUGUGCCUCAAACCCCGCAACAUUCCCAUGUAACCUGACUGCCUUUAAUGCAGCCUUUAUCGGCGCUAUCGCCUCUUUGGCGGGGGGUAUCAUGGUGGUCUGUCUGAACAUGAGGAUCAAAAAGUCACCGCGUGGAAAUGACUUGAUGAACAAAAUCUCGGACCAAAUUAGUGUCGGUGCCAAGGCUUUCCUGACGACCGAAUACAAGUACCUGACUGUCUAUAUGCUUAUAGUAGCCACCAUCCUCUUCCUCCUCUAUUUCCUCGAUCCUCCGUCGGGACAUUGGGCCGAUGGUCUUCGGUAUUCCCUCUGCUUUUUGGCGGGAGGCUUUCUCUCGGCAUCGGCCGGGUGGAGAGGAAUGGCAACAGCCACGGACGCCAAUGUUCGGACCACAGAAGCCGCUGAUAAGCAAGGUCUUGCCAUGGCGCUCUUUGUAGCUGUCACGGGAGGAUCCGUCAUGGGCUUCACUGUGGUCGUUUUUGGUUUGCUGGGAAUCUCCCUCUCUUAUUACCUAUCUUCAUUGGGGUAUGAUGACGCUACCGUUUCAGAGAUUGAUAAACUCAUCUACGCCGCCGAUGCCGUCGCUGCUUUUGGGUUUGGAGCUUCCAGCAUUGCCCUUUUUGCCCGCGUCGCGGGGGGAAUCUACACAAAAGCUGCAGAUAUUGGAGCUGAUUUGGUUGGAAAAGUGGAGAUGGAUAUCCCCGAGGAUGAUCCCAGAAAUCCUGCUGUGAUUGCAGAUAAUGUUGGAGACAAUGUUGGAGACGUUGCUGGAAUGGGAGCGGAUCUCUUUGAAUCUUACGUUGGCGGAAUAAUUGCGGCCGUCACACUUGCAAACGGAGACAUUGCCCUGAUCAUGCUCCCCUUUUAUGUCGCUGGAGCCGGCAUCAUCUCGGCUGUAGUUGGAUACUUCGCAAUGGGAGUCAAUGAUGAUGCCAAUCAAAAAGACCUUCUUUGGGCUCUCACGAAGGGAAAUCUUGUUUCAAGUGUUCUGGUGAUUGGUAUUACAGCAGCCGUUGUAGCACAACUGUUUGAAGGAAGAGAAGAAGAUGGAUGGAAGAUCCUUGGGUGCAUCAUCUUGGGUUUAGUUUCUGGUGCUUCCAUUGGAAAGGUCACCGAGUACUUUACUUCGUAUGAGUACGCCCCUACGCAGUCUAUCACCAACGCGGCUGCUACUGGCCCAGCAAGUGUCAUUAUUCAGGGUCUUGGUAUCGGAAUGAUUUCAUGUGUCUUCCCUGUGCUUAUCCUCGUCACGACCACCUUGAUCUGUAAUGCUCUUUCUGGCGGGUAUGGUGUUGCCAUCUCCGGGGUUGGAAUGCUUUCAACGUUGGGAGUUACUCUUGCAGCCGAUGCCUUCGGACCGAUUGCCGAUAAUGCAGGUGGAAUUGCCGAAAUGGCUGGAAUGGAGGAAAGGGUCCGUGCCACCACCGAUGCAAUUGAUGCACUUGGAAACACAACUGCGGCUACCGGAAAGGGAUUUGCAAUCGGUUCGGCUGUCUUGACGGCUCUGUCACUUUUGACAGCGUUUACCACAAAGGCUGACAUCGGAGAUGUUCACAUCGGAGAGCCAGUUGUUCUUAGUGGUGUUAUUAUUGGGGCUAUGCUUCCUUUCCUCUUUGCAGCUCUGACGAUGCUCUCGGUGCAAAAGGCUGCCGCUGCCAUCAUCAUUGAAGUGCGUCGGCAAUUCAAGGAAAUUCCUGGUCUUCGGGAAGGCACUGCUGAAGCCGACUUCCAAAAGGUUAUCGAAAUCUCAACAAAGAGCUCCGUUGAAGAGAUGUUUCUUCCUGGCGUUUACGCGAUAUUCUCUCCGCUGACCAUUGGUUUCCUCAUUGGACCGAGAUGUCUGACAGGCCUUUUGGGUGGAUCGAUUGCUACGGGUUGUAUGAUGGCCUUGAUGAUGGCCAACGCUGGUGGUGCUUGGGACAACGCAAAGAAAUAUAUUGAGAUCGAAGGGGCUCACGGCGGCAAAGGCACAGAGAUUCACCGUGCAACUGUGGUGGGAGAUACCGUUGGUGAUCCGUUCAAGGAUACAAGCGGCCCAUCGCUGAACAUUUUGAUCAAACUGAUGAGUAUCAUCUCUCUGACAAUGGCCCCAAUGGUGAAGGGCCAGGAGGAUUGGCAUGAGUGGUGGUGGGGCAUGAUUCCUUUGUCGAUCAUGCUUCUUUCGACGGCAGUGGCCUAUCACUUCUUGUGGAAGAAGGCACCCAGCUAUGCCAAUGAUCUGGAGCUCACCACAGAGAAGCUCGACGAGGCGGAUGCAGCUAUCGCAUAG